UUUCGCCUUCGUAAGAAUCCUUUGUGUUAUCACGUGUGGCCUGUACGUCAGAUUUUCAAAAAUUGAAUGCGACCGUUCCAAAGAAAUGUGCAUAUGCAGUUUGCUCACUGAAAGAGUAACAACUCGUUGGAACGUGCGUAAUGACAAAUUACACAGCGACGAUUAAAUUAUAUACUCUGUAUCGUAUGCUCUGUGACUGUAUGCCAUUGAGCAAUACCGAAUAAGAGAGAGCUCUCGUUUCGUCUGUCGAGCCCUGGUUUGUUAGAGUGGGGCGGACGGACAACUAUUUUGAUCGUCGGUGUGCGAGCAAAGGCACCGCGAUGAUUUUCGGACAGGAUGCGUUCUGAAUCUGUGCAAAUACGUUGACUACCGCAAGCUAUUUCCGUGGUGAUUUUCAUCGCGCAACAGGAACAGGAAAACGUACGUUCUCGUUAUCAGUGAACGUACGGAACACGCCCCACGCCGUUGAAAUUAAACCGGCCGAACUGAAUUCCCCCUUGAUAUGCUCGAAACGUAAUGUGUCAUCUUUCACGUGUUUCCGUGGAUCUUUCAUGAGAAGAGUGAACCGUUUGAACAGCUACGACGCCGUUAGAUCCCGAUCUUGAUUUUCGCAGCCCCCACGCAAAAUGUCAGCGACUCUGAAACCUUACUUAACAGCAGUGAGGAGGACUCUCACUGCUGCCAUGUGUCUUGAAAACUUCUCUUCUCAAAUUGUCGAGAAGCACAACAAGCCUGAGGUGGAGGUGAGAGACAGUAAGGAGCUCCUUAUGACUCCGAUACUGAUCAGUAGAAACGACAAGGAAAAGGUGCUGAUAGAAUCCAGUGUGAACAGUAUGAGAAUAAGUAUUGCUGUGAAACAAGCCGAUGAUUUGGAGAAAAUCCUGUGUCAUAACUUCACAAGAUUCAUGACAAUGAGAGCGGAACACUUUGUCAUUCUCAGGAGGAAGCCUGUGGAGGGCUAUGACAUUAGUUUUUUAAUCACAAAUAUCCAUGUAGAACAAAUGUACAAACACAAAAUUGUAGACUUUGUGAUCCAUUUCAUGGAAGAGAUUGAUAGAGAGAUCAGUGAGAUGAAGCUGUCUAUGAACGCAAGAGCCCGCAUUUGCGCGGAAGAAUUUCUAAAAAGGUUUUAAUUCCUGGGACACAGUGUGUUGCCGACAUAGCAAUAAUUGGAAAGAUCAGGUCGCUAAAAGUAACAGUGCCCGUAUGCUGGUUAUCGCAGUUAGUACUAAUUUAAGGAUAACUUCCUGUACCCUGAACCACCCUUCACUCGAAAUGCCAAUUACCCCGUUGUUCUCCGGUCACGAGCAUCCAUUAACUAACAGUUCCCGAUUAAUCGGUAUUGUCUCCAGCUGUGUAACAAGCAACAAGUCUGAGGCUCAUGUAAGUACAACACGGCAUUGAUUGACUGCGCCCUAAGCUGUAACAAAAAUCGGGGAGAAUACAGUUUGCUUUUCCCAAAAAUGCAGCGAAGUAGAAUGGCGAACAACCGGCAUCCAUUCAAGAGAGCAUUUCAAAUGAAUUUUAACGUUCACAAGUCUGGGAUAUAAAAUUGUAUUAAGACGUACUUUAUAAACUUUACAUAUUGCAGAGGUAGCAUACUAGAAUGAAUCCGAGAAUUUCGUCGAAGUCUAAAAAACUUUUUCCAUCUUGUAAUCGUGGUGUGUGCAUGAUCGAUCCGAUAGUGUACAUUUUUAUGAGUACGUAUUCGUUGACGUACUGAGAAAGGAUCCGAGAUAACUCUCAACACAGGAUCAGUUUGUUAAAGGGGACGCUUGUUCGGUGAUCUAUUUAAUAAUUAUCGUUUGAUAUUGAGUACUUUUACGAGAAAAUCUAGCACAAAGAAAGAGAGAGAAAGAGAGAAUGGAGGAGCAUAGUGCGAGAAGGCUUAUUCCGCUGAUCGGCGGGCAGGUUUUUUAACGGACAUUCCUAAUCGUGAAGCCAUCGUUUAUGUAUCAGUGCAUCGUUAACACUAGUAAUUGUAAACACGACUAACGUCCACCGACACUGGGUAUUGUAAUAUGUUCGACAACUGCCAAAACACUAUUUAGCGUAGCGGACCGAUCGAGGGACUGUAAUUACGAUUAUCUUUAACGGUACGAAUAGUCCUAAGGUUUCUGCACCUAAAGGGUUCUUGCCUAAGGACCACCUCCGAUUUUAACGAAACUUGCAUCAUAGAACUGGAAACAGUAUUUGAUAUCAAAAUUAUAUUUAGUCGUCUUCCGUCUCGGAAGUUAUGUUAAUCAGAUUUUUAGGAAAUUCAUUUACAAGACAGUGUUUGAAUUCAAAAUUAUCGAGAAGAUGAUUCUAGAGAAAUAACCGAUGCUUUUCAAAGUUUUCUAUGAUGUGCAAGUUCCGUGAAAAAUAGUGGAGUAGCUUGGGCAGCCAUGGGUGCCCUUGAGAGUAUCACAAAAGCCGCAGUCUUCAAGGCGGCAGUAAUUAUUAAGGGCAAGAGAGGGUGUAAUUCGAACUUUCACCGAUUCCCACUUGGAACCUGUACUCGAACACCCUGUGAGAGAACGUUGCGUUUGAAUUAUUGCUGGAUGGUGUUCGAUAGUCCCCUUCCAAGAUGCUAUUCGACUUGCGCUUACUCGAGAAAACGGUCUAGCAGUGAUCACAGUGCUUCUCAGAGUAAAGGACGUGAGGGCGAUGUGUGCGUAAUGCGUGCAAUUCCUUUUGCAUUUACAAAGUUCUAUUUAUCUUACGAAUCAUUGUAACCAUAUGAUUUAAUACUAAUGUAAAUACAAAUAAACGAGGAGAUUCAGGA